AUGGACUGUGAGGACUGUGUCGAUGACUGUGACGACUGUGUAGAAGAGCACCUCAAAUUCAAUCACCAAGUUGACACCGACAUCAACGACUGUGACGAAUGCAAGGACGAAAACUGCACCGAAGGGGAGCCAUGCAAGGAUACUUGCGAUGAGUGUGACUUUUCUUGCUUUGACUGCAUUGACUGGAAUGAGUUCGAGUGCGACAAAUCCCUUGGAUUAUCCUUCUCGGUUCCGUUACUGAGCGACGAUGCGUUGUUUGGAGUCGACAAUGACUUUGCCGAUAUCGAGCAUCAAGCGGACGAAAAAGGAGUUCUGGAUUACCAGUCUCGUGACUUUUCCAACGUGUCGCCGGAUAUAAUGGUACCCCCUCUCGACGUGCCCAUGCACCAUCAGUGUUUUGACAAUUCCGUGUCCCUCUGGAACAAUAUUGUGCAGAGUCAAGUCUGCAACGGUAUUCCAAGUCUGGUGCAGCAAACCCAACAGUAUCCCCUCCCCCCAUUCGGACUAGAAUUUGGAUGUCAUCCGGCCACGGCGCAUCAGCAAGUGCCGAUGCAAACGUCGAGACCGACAUUCCCAACGACAAUGCCGCGGUCACUGGACUUCACGCCCACGCCCACGCUCACGCCCACGCCCACGCCCACAAUGCCCUAUGCGUCCCAGACACCAGUCCAGUCCGGCAAAGGUCUGUUGGCCGACACGAAGGAUCUAAUGGCCGCCGUCUCAGCUCCUAGCACGUCCCAAGCAUGUCAAUGGCUCAUGCCAUGCGGCACUGUUUGCGGCGCAUCGUUUGCAUCGGCGACAGAUCUCAAGAAACAUCUGAAAGCUGCGCACCUGAUGAAAGGCGUGACGAAAUGCAGGUGGCAAGGCUGCAACUCGGCCGAUUUCAGCUCGGAAGCCGCCUUGACUGGCCACAUCUCCAAGAAACACCUUGCACCGCUAUUGGCGGCUUCUGUUGCUGCCAGUACUGCGGCUGCAGCCACAUCGGCAUUGUCGUCACACGCCAACAACAAGGCCGGCGACUCCUCCUCGCGUCCGGACCAAGGCGGACCAUUCAAGUGCACCUACCCAGGGUGUCCCAAGUCGUUCAUGUACAAGCAGGUGCGCGACGAGCACGUUGCGAGCUGUCACAACGGCAACAAAAUGUACUGCCAUGUCUGCGGCCAAUAUUUGAACGGCGAAGGCUCGAAUUUCAAACGUCACAUGGCCACCCACAGGCCCAAACAUCAACAUAUGCUCUGCAAGUUCCAUGGGGUGGGCUGUAAGAGGAGAUUUCCCCGACUCGACAAUCUGCGGAGACACGAGGCCUGUUGCAAAUUCGGCAAGAAGGCUGGGCUGGUCAAUGCCGCCGCUGACGGCAAGCAUGCUCAUCAUCAUCACCAUCACGUCCAUGCUACCAAGGGUACUGCUGAGGUUUGA